AUCGCUCCGUUUUCCGGUCGCAUGCGCCGUCACGCGUCCCGAGGCCGACCUCGACAUCAACUGGCUCGUUGUUGCCGCGAAACCCGACGCGUUCGGCCCCGUUUGACUCGGCGUUGCGGGACUUUUUUCGGAGCGUCCGAGGCUCGCUAACAGACCGGAAGUACCGGUCGUCGUGUCGUCACGCAGUGUCAACGCGCGUUUCUGUACCAUCGGACGGAAAAAUGGCGACUGCUGUGCCAUCGCGAUUCGCCGUUCUCAGUAUCGAAGACGACGAUUACAAGCCGAAGAAGACGCAGAAGAGCGCGACCGCGAGUAAGACUAAUACGAAAAGCAAAGGUGACAAGCCGAAGGCGCCGCAGCAGCAACAACAGCAGCAGCAACAACAACAACAGCAACAGCAGGCGAACAAGAAGAAGCAGAACAAGGGAAAGAAGAAGAAAUCGAAUAAUGACGAUCAACAGUGGGAACAAUGGAAACAAAAGGAUACUAUGGCUAUCGAGGAAACGUUUGAGCAAGAGUUACAUCAAGCGAUUUUGCUGUCAAAGCUGGCUUAUGAAGAGGAAUUAGUCAGCGCGGCGAAGACGGAGAAGGAACAGGAACAGAGUAAGAAGUUGGGUAAAAAGUCAAAGAAGGCAACUAUGUCCCUAGAAGAGUUUAAUAGCAUCUUGUCGAAACAUAAACCACCUCAUUGCACAGGAACAAAUGCAACACCAGUAGUAGUAUUAACAACCGAUCCUGUAGACAAUAAGUCAAAAGAAGUAGACGCAGAAUUCUUCGACAGGGUAGAGAAGGAAACGAAAGAGGAAAUAACAAAGGGGAAAGAGAAGGAUAUAUUGAAGGCCAGAUUAAAUAAAAUCGACGACGACAUAACAUCGGUGCAAUUAAGAGUAGAGAUUGAGAAGCGAGACGAAAUAAUCAGCCAAUUGAGAACAGAGGUGCAUACACUAAAAGAGGAAUUAACACAGGUCAAAGAAAGAAAUAAAAAGCUUUAUCAAAUAUUAUCACACGGCGAAAUGAAAGAUAAAGCAUCAGUAUUGGCUGAAGUUGCGAAGCUGCAAGAAAUCCGAGAUGAAUUAACGUCCGAGGUGACUUCGUUGCAUGCUCAGUUAGAACAAGAAAGAUCGAAAACACGUACAUCUAGUGCGGACGUGAAGACAUCUAAACAAAAUAACAAGAAGAGGCCGGCCAGUGAAAAUGCCUAAUUCGCUUAUUCGCGAAGGACUGUAUUAUUGUGAUCUAUUAAUCUUAAUU